GACUGUGCAGCUCUUGUGUGAAGGUUGGAAGGUGCAAGCCAGAAAGCGUCCAGCAGGAUAAAAACACAGUUAUACUAAGUCUUCCUACUGCUUUCAACAGCACAUUGGUUUGGCAAAACCCACCGCAAAGUGAUCGUCCAGAAGCCCACCUGGAAUCACCAAAAACGUUGUUGGGUCACAGUAGAAAAUUUCUAGUUGAGCUGAAGCUGUAGUGACGUGAUAGUGCUGAUGGCAUGAGGAGCACACAGAGCAGUCCUGCCUGCACGGGCAGUGAAAAUCUCUCAAGCAAAGCAGCUCUCUCAUUUCCAACCAGUCGGUAAAGCAGUAGAGUUUAGCACAGCUUCUGCAUUGAAGCAAAAAUUUGGCAUCUCAGUGUAGGAGCCGAUAAAGAAGUUAACCAAGCCCCAAAGAUAUGAACCRUACUCUCCAGACGCUAAUUAGAACAAGGAUGCGUUUAUGAAAUUGGGGUCGGGGGUGCCGUGUCGGACUACAACUUCCGGCGUGCAAUGCGCGACUACAGAUCCCGGCAUGCACCGCGGCAGUCCCACAGCGCCCAGCGUGUCCCGCGCUCKCAAGAUGGCGGCGCCCAGGGGCGGCCUGAGUCCGGACAGCGGCACGGGCUCGGACUCGGACAGCGGCGCUGGAGCGGACGCGCGGUUCCGGGAGGCUGCCUGGGACUGCACCGCGCAGGCGGCGGUGGCGGUGCGGGCGGAGCCUGUCUGCGGGGGCUUUAGAAAGGAUCGAUUGCAGCCUAAAGAUCAGCCAAGCCGGAGGCGUGAGGUGAAUGGCCGCGAGGAAGGUGACAACGAGCUCCAGACAACUCCAGAGUUCAGAGCACACGUUGCAAAGAAAUUGGGAGCCAUCCUAGACAGUUUCAUCACUGUCUUGAAAGACUCAUCAGGACCAUCACGGGCUUCGGUGGCACAGUCUGACUCUGAAGAUGAUGGUUUCCGUCUCUUCUCUUCCUCUGUCCCUGGAGACUGUGGGAAAGCAGAGCCUUGCCCUGCAGCGAGGAGGAGGCGGCCAGUGAGCUCCAGUGACACGGACAGUGACCAAGAGUGGCAAAGGUGCCAGGAGGCUGCCGUGUCAGCCRUGGAUAUUCUGAAGCAAAGUGCUUUUCCUGCAUUGUCCCAGGGCUGCAGCCAGGRUCAGAGUCAGGGUUGUGUAGAGCACCACCAGAAGAAAAAGAAGAAAAAGAAAAUUAGGAGAGAGAGCAAUGUUCAAGAGAAAAUGAAAGACCCAACAGAGUGUGAGCAGAUCUGCAAAGAUUUGCCUCGGUUGGUGUCUGCGAAUGGCCAGCAGAAGAGACAGAACAGCAAUCACAGAGAGAACUCAGUGCUGCCAGGAGCUGUGAAGAAGAAAAAGAAGAAGAAGAAAAAAGAAUUAUGAUUUUGCUCUGCAAAUGGCAGGUGGUUGUGAUGGAUGAAGUAGCAUGAAAGAAAACCUAACAACAGUUGCUGCAGAUGAGGGAAAAUUAAUUGGCAAAGCUUCUGUUCUCAAAGCUCAGUGGCCUGAGAGACUAAUGAAGUGACUUCCUGUGCUGUUGGCAUCCCUGAGGAAGGGAACAUUGUUCUCCUCACACAGCAGUUGUCUGUGCUGCUGUUUAUGCAGGCCCAGUCUAAAAGGAUUAAAUACUGUGCCAGACUUGCAUUGGCAGUGGGAUGUAAUCAUAGCUGCAUCCCUCCUGGUCUGUUCCUUCACAUCAUGAAACCCUCCUGGAGAAAGCAUAUGAUGAAUUGAAUUUGGUUUACAUGGCAACAGGUGAUGGACUCUGUUUUCUCUUUGCCUCCUUGCAGAYGCCUACUAAGAAUAGCUCCAGCCCGUGGGAGACUCAUUUAUCAAAAGCAUCCUGUCACAAAUCAGGCCCCUUAUUUUUUCCCWGCGAUCAUCAUAACAAUCUGUUUUUGAAACCUGCUGUGUAACUAAUCCCUCUGCAAUCUGCACCUCUCCAGGCUCCUGCACAUGAACAGUGUGUGGUGAGCUGAUUUCAGGGUUGGUAUAAAUCCAUCCUACUGUUCCAGUUGUGACCAUUGAAAAUUCUUUUUAUGUAUAGUUUUUUUUUAUGGCAUCUGUUAUUAAAUUUUGCUACACUUUUGGACUUAC